AUGGGAUCCGGCUGGCUGGUCCCCGCGCCCUGGCUUCAUCACCUGCUGCGCUGCGUCCUGCUCCUCGGAGGCCUGCAUCUUGGGCAUCCUGGAGACGCCGCCGCCCCCUCGGGUAAGGCGCUGCCCAAACCCAACGUCUUCCUCAUCUUCAGCCAUGGACUGCAGGGCUGCUUGGAGGCCCAGGGUGGGCAGGUCAGAGUUACUCCUGCCUGCAACACCAGUCUACCUGCCCAGCGUUGGAAGUGGGUCUCCCGAAACCGGCUCUUCAACCUGGGUGCCAUGCAGUGCCUGGGCACAGGUUGGCCAGGCACCAACACCACAGCCUCCCUGGGCAUGUACGAGUGUGACCGGGAGGCACUGAACCUGCGCUGGCAUUGUCGCACACUGAGUGACCAGCUGUCACUGCUUCUGGGGGGACGUGCCAGCAAUGCCACUAAGGCUGGCACCCCUGACCGAGGAGACCAGACCCGCAGCAGCCAGUGGCGUAUCUACGGCACCGAUGAGGAUCUAUGUGCUCUGCCCUACUACGAGGUCUACACCAUCCAGGGGAACUCCCACGGGAAGCCGUGUACCAUCCCUUUCAAGUACGACAACCAGUGGUUCCACGGCUGCACCAGCACGGGCCGCGAGGACGGCCACCUUUGGUGCGCCACCACCCAGGACUACGGCAAGGAGGAGCGCUGGGGUUUCUGUCCCAUCAAGAGUAAUGACUGCGAGACCUUCUGGGACAAGGACCAGCUGACCGACAGCUGCUACCAGUUUAACUUCCAGUCCACACUGUCAUGGCGGGAGGCCUGGGCCAGCUGCGAGCAGCAGGGGGCAGACCUGCUGAGCAUCACAGAAAUCCAUGAGCAGACCUACAUCAACGGACUCCUCACGGGCUAUAGCUCCACCCUCUGGAUUGGCCUCAAUGACCUGGACACCAAUGGCGGCUGGCAGUGGUCCGACAACUCGCCCCUCAAGUACCUCAACUGGGAGAGUGAUCAGCCAGACAACCCGAGUGAUGAGAACUGUGGGGUGAUCCGCACUGAGUCCUCUGGUGGCUGGCAGAAUCGGGACUGCAGCAUUGCACUGCCCUAUGUGUGCAAAAAGAAGCCCAACGCCACUAUAGAACCCACCUCUCCAGACGCGUGGGCCAACGUGAAGGUGGACUGUGAGCCCAGCUGGCAGCCCUUCCAGGGCCACUGCUACCGCCUGCAGGCUGAGAAGCGUAGCUGGCAGGAGUCCAAGAAGGCGUGUCUGCGGGGCGGUGGUGACCUGCUCAGCAUUCACAGCAUGGCCGAGCUGGAGUUCAUCACUCAGCAGAUCAAACAGGAAGUGGAGGAGUUGUGGAUCGGCCUUAACGAUUUGAAGCUGCAGAUGAAUUUUGAGUGGUCAGAUGGCAGCCUGGUGAGCUUCACACACUGGCAUCCCUUUGAGCCCAACAAUUUCCGGGACAGCCUCGAGGACUGUGUCACCAUCUGGGGGCCGGAGGGUCGCUGGAAUGAUAGUCCCUGUAACCAGUCCUUGCCAUCCAUCUGCAAAAAGGCAGGUCAGCUGAGCCAGGGCACCAGCGAGGAGGAUCAUGGUUGCCGAAAGGGUUGGACGUGGCAUAGCCCAUCCUGCUACUGGCUGGGAGAGGACCAAGUGACCUACAGUGAGGCCCGGCGCCUGUGUACUGACCAUGGCUCCCAGCUGGUCACCAUCACCAACAGGUUUGAGCAGGCCUUCGUCAGCAGCCUCAUCUACAACUGGGAUGGCAAGUACUUCUGGACAGCGUUGCAGGACCUCAACAGCACCGGCUCCUUCCGCUGGCUCAGCGGGGAUGAGGUCAUGUACACUCACUGGAACCGGGACCAGCCUGGGUACAGCCGUGGGGGCUGCGUAGCCCUGGCCACAGGCAGCGCCAUGGGGCUGUGGGAGGUGAAGAACUGCACCGAGUUCCGGGCUCGAUACAUCUGCCGGCAGAGCCUGGGCACGCCUGUGACGCCAGAGCUGCCUGGGCCAGACCCCACACCCAGCCUCACCGGCUCCUGCCCCCAGGGCUGGGCCUCAGACCCCAAACUCCGGCAUUGCUAUAAGGUGUUCAGCUCCGACCGGCUGCAGGACAAGAGGAGCUGGGUCCAGGCCCAGGGCGCCUGCCAGGAACUGGGGGCCCAGCUGCUCAGCCUGGCCAGCUAUGAGGAGGAGCACUUUGUGGCCAACAUGCUCAACAAAAUCUUCGGUGAGUCAGAGCCCGAGAUCCACGAACAGCACUGGUUCUGGAUGGGGCUGAACCGGCGCGACCCUCGUGGUGGACAGAGCUGGCGUUGGAGCGACGGCCUGGGAUUCUCAUACCACAAUUUCGACCGGAGUCGGCAUGACGAUGAUGACAUCCGGAGCUGCGCGGUGCUCGACCUGGCCUCCCUGCAGUGGAUGGCUCUGCAGUGCGAGACGUCCCUGGACUGGAUAUGCAAGAUUCCCAGAGGCACCGACGUGCGGGAACCGGACGUGGGUCCUCAAGGCCGGCGGGAAUGGUUGCGCUUUCAGGAGGCGGAGUACAAGUUCUUUGAGCACCACUCCACGUGGGCCCAGGCGCAGCGAAUCUGCACGUGGUUCCAUGCGGAACUGACCUCCGUGCACAGCCAGGCGGAGCUGGACUUCCUGGGCCAUAACCUGCAGAAGUUCUCCCGGGGUCAGGAACAGCACUGGUGGAUCGGCCUGCACACCUUGGAAAGCAGUGGACGUUUCAGGUGGACAGAUGAUUCCAUUAUCAACUUCAUCUCCUGGGCACCUGGCAAACCGCGGCCCAUCGGCAAGGACAAGAAGUGUGUGUACAUGACAGCCAGCCGAGCGGACUGGGGGGACCAGAGAUGUCUGACAGCCUUGCCCUACAUCUGCAAGCGCAGCAACAGCACCCGCGAGACCCUGCCCCCAGCCCUGCUGCCCACAGUCCUGGGGGGCUGCCCCUCUGGCUGGAACCAGUUCCUCAACAAGUGUUUCCGAAUCCAGGGCCAGGACCCCCAGGACCAAGUGAAGUGGUCUGAGGCACAGUUCUCCUGUGAACAGCAAGAGGCCCAACUGGUCACCAUUGCAACGCCUUUAGAGCAAGCCUUCAUCACGGCCAGCCUGCCCAAUGUGACCUUUGACCUUUGGAUUGGCCUCCAUGCCUCGCAGAGGAAUUUCCAGUGGGUGGAGCAGGAGCCUCUGCUGUAUGCCAACUGGGCACCUGGGGAACCCUCUGGCCCUAGCCCAGCUACCAGUGGCAAUAAACCGACCAGCUGUGCAGUGGUCCUGCACAGCCCCUCAGCCCUCCUCACUGGACGUUGGGAUGACCGGAGCUGUACGGAAGAGACACACGGCUUCAUCUGUCAGAAGGGCACCGACCCCUCCCUGAGCCCAUCCCCAGCGGCAUCGCCCCCUGCCCCGGGCUCUGAGCUCUCCUACCUCAAUGGCACCUUCCGGCUGCUGCAGAAGCCGCUACGCUGGCACGACGCCCUCCUGCUGUGUGAGAGUCGCAACACCAGCCUGGCCCGAGUGCCAGACCCCUACACCCAGGCCUUCCUGACGCAGGCCGCUCGAGGCCUCCGCACACCGCUCUGGAUCGGGCUGACCAGCGAAGAGGGCUCCCGGAAGUACUCCUGGGUUUCUGAGGAGCCGCUGAGCUACGCGAGCUGGCAGGACGGGGAGCCCCAGCCUGGGGGUUGCGCCUAUGUGGAUGUGGAUGGCAGCUGGCGCACCACCAAUUGCAACACCAAGUUGCAGGGGGCUGUGUGUGGCGUUGGUGGUGGACCCCCUCCUCCUCGAAGAAUAAGCUACCAGGGCAGCUGCCCCCAAGGGCUGGCUGACUCCAUGUGGAUUCCCUUCCGGGAACACUGCUACUCUUUCCACCUGGAGCUACUUCUGGGCCACAAGGAGGCGCUGCAGCGCUGCCAGAGAGCGGGUGGGGCCGUCCUGUCCAUCCUGGAUGAGAUGGAGAACGUGUUCAUCUGGGAGCAUCUGCAGAGCUCAGAGGGCCAGAGUCGGGGUGCCUGGCUGGGCAUGAACUUUAGCCCCAAAGGAGGCACCCUGGUCUGGCAGGACAACACAGCCGUGAACUACUCCAACUGGGGUCCCCCCGGCCUGGGCCCCAGCAUGCUGAGCCACAACAGCUGCUACUGGAUCCAGAGCAGCAGCGGGCUGUGGCGGCCCGGGGCGUGCACCAACGUCACCAUGGGUGUUGUUUGCAAACUCCCUCGAGCUGAGGCGAGCAGCUUCUCUCCAUCAGCGGCGCUCCCUGAGAACCCUGCUGCCCUGGUGGUGGUGCUGAUGGCCGUGCUGCUGCUCUUGGUCCUGCUGACCGUGGCCCUGAUCCUCUAUCGGCGGCGGAAGAGUGUGGAGCGUGGGGCCUUCGAGGGGGCCCGCUAUAGCCGCAGCUCCUCUGGCCCCGGCGAGGCCACAGAGAAGAACAUCCUGGUGUCCGACAUGGAAAUGAAUGAGCAGCAAGACUAG